CAAGCACUUCUGUCCUCUUGCCCAUAUCCACCUAGCUGCACAGGUGACCAACACCCACUCUUGGCAUCUGUACCCAACAAGAAGCCAUUCCUGUAUUUUAGGCCGAGUGUGGGGACUUACCAGCAGAAGUGACUCCUGGAGUCCAGAACCUUCUGGAGAGGGCAGAGGCUAGUCAUGUCUUCCAAGUGUUUGUCAUGGGACUAACAAAGGAUGCUGGAGGCCUGUAGCUACAGUCUCUCCCUGCUUGAGAAAGGCUGUAGCAACACUGGAAUGCACGCGGCUCUGUUGAUCCUGUCUGCCCUAACCCAGUGCCCUCAGUACGACUCGGUGACCAGCUGCCUGUGACAGCAGGCCUCCCACUGGUGAAGACGGUUGCUUGGAGACGCAUGGUCCCUAUUCCAUUGAGGACAACUCCCAGUUUCUGAGUUGGGAGAGAAGGUCACAGAGACACCAUGACUUCACUGUCAGUGCUGAUCACAGGGAGAGCUACCAUGAAUGCUCACAAGAGUUUGGGUGGUGUGACUGCGAACAUUUUUAACCUGUCACUAGAGGGACAUAAUAUACAGAAAAGACAGCCUUUGGGGAAGGAAGAUGAAGCCCUCGGGGCCGCCUUGAAGCCGCUGGUGUUCCGAGUGGACGAAACCACACCCAGAGUUGUACAGAGUGUCCUUCUGGAACGUGGGUGGGACCAAUUUGACGAGCAGCAACAGGAUGUGGAGGACUGGAAUCUGUACUGGAGGGCAUCCUCCUUCCGGAUGGUAGAGCACGUCAAUGUCAAGCCCUGGCAGAGACUGAACCACCACCCGGGGACAACCACGCUCACCAGGAAGGACUGCCUGGCCAAGCACCUGGCCUACAUGAGAAGGCUCUAUGGUGAGUCCCUCUACGAGUUCACACCCCGGACGUUCAUCAUUCCCAAUGACUACACCAAGUUCGUAGCUGAGUACUUCAAGGAGAAGCAGGUGCUGGGUACCAAGCCUUCCUACUGGAUCUGCAAGCCAGCAGAGCUGUCUCGUGGGAGGGGGAUAGUCAUUUUCAGUGACAUCCGAGACCUCAACUUCAAUGGCACGUAUGUCGUGCAGAAAUACAUCUGCAACCCUUUACUCGUGGGUAGAUACAAGUGUGACCUCCGCAUCUACGUCUGCGUCACCGGCUUCAAGCCGUUGACUAUUUAUGUGUACAAGGAAGGGUUAGUGCGGUUUGCCACUGAAAAGUUUGACCUCCAAAAUUUGCAAGACUCUUAUGCCCACCUGACCAACAGUAGCAUCAACAAAUCUGGGGCCUCGUACAAGAAGAUCAAAGAGGUGGUGGGCCAAGGCUGCAAGUGGACCCUCAGCCGGUUCUUCUCUUACCUCCGGAAUGGGGAUGUGGAUGACCUGCUGCUGUGGCAGAAGAUCAAGCACAUGGUGAUUCUCACCGUCCUGGCCGUGGCUCCAUCGGUCCCUGUGGCCUACAACUGCUUUGAGCUUUUUGGGUUCGACAUCCUUAUUGAUGAAAACCUGAAACCAUGGCUUCUAGAAGUCAACUACAGCCCUGCUUUGUCCCUGGACUGUUCCACAGAUGUCUCUGUGAAGAGAAGUCUUGUCCAUGAUGUCAUUGAACUGAUUCACUUAAACGGCCUAAGGAGAGAGGACAAAAAGUGCAACAGGGCCUCUCCAGGGAGCCCCAGGAACAAACAGCUUGAGCUCUGCACAAUCCCUGCUUCCCCUCCCUAUGUGUCUCUCAUACGGUUUACAAACAGGACGUGCAGUAAAACCAACCCCGUUGUGCAGAGAGUCGUCAACGUCUAUCCCAAGCACACACGGACCUCCCAGCUGAGAGAAAUGAUCAACAAGCAGCGCGUGUUUCUAACAAGAGAAGGCGCUAAAAGCAAGCCAAAGCUGAGGGCUUGCCAUACAACUCGCAAGGCGUUCUCUCCAUAUACACCAGUAGCUCAGUCACAGCCCCACAGGAUGAAGGGGCCCGUGGGCAUCCUUCCAGAAGCUGGCUAUGCACCAGAUGACCAUGUAGGCAACUUUGUUCUCAUUUUUCCAUUCAAUGAGGCUACUUUUGGAGCCUCCAGGAAUGGAUUAAAUGUCAAAAGAAUAAUUCAAGAGCUCCAGAAACUAAUGAAUAAAUAACUCUCAAGUGAUAAAAACUAAAA